ACAUGGAUGGUUAAAGUGAAGUGUCCUUUCUUUAACCUGUAAUUCAAAUUCUUUCUCCUGUGUUUGUUUUUCCAGAACGCCUGCAGGAUUAUGUUGGAAAAGAAGAGGUUUUCCCUGAGCAGCAGUUCUCUGAACAGGAGAGGAAUUCCAGUUUGAACCAAGCAGAACCAGAACCUCUGCAGAUAAAAGAAGAGCAGCAAAAGCCAGAACAUUCCUGGAUAAAAGAGGAAACCAUGGGGCUCCAUAUAAACUGCCUGCAGGAUUAUGUUGGAAAAGAAGAGGUUUUCCCUGAGCAGCAGUUCUCUGAACAGGAGAGGAAUUCCAGUUCGGACCAAGCAGAACCAGAACCUCUGCAGAUAAAAGAAGAGCAGCAAAAGCCAGAACAUCCCUGGAUAAAAGAGGAAACCGUGGAGCGCCCCAUAAUUAAGCAUGAAGAGCACUUUGUUGAGACUCGAGAUACAGUAGAAAAAGCAUUCCCAUGUUUGAGAUGUGGAGAAAGGUUUCUACAAAAAGAAUAUUUAAAGGUUCACAUGCGAACUCACAGAGGUCGGAAGCUUUACGAAUGUCAGUCUUGUGGAAAAAGCUUCAAAUCUAAAUUUGUUAUUAAUAGACACAUGAGAAUUCACACGGGUGAGAAACCUUUCGAAUGUGAGUCCUGUGGAAAAGGCUUCACUAAAAAAUGCACUCUUGAUCAACACAUAAGAAUUCACACGGGUGAGAAACCUUUCGAAUGUGAGUCCUGUGGAAAAAGCUUUACUGAAAAAUGCACUCUUGAUCAACACAUAAGAAUUCACACAGGUGAGAAGCCAUUCAAAUGUGUCUACUGUGGAAAAGCUUUUGCUCAGAUAUCUGUUCUUAAUACACACACCAGAAUUCACACAGGUGAGAAGCCGUUUCCCUGUAAUUUUUGUGACAAAUAUUUUAGUAGAAAAAAUAACUUGACUUCUCACAUGAGAAUUCACACGGGUGAAAAGCCUUUCAGAUGUGAGUCCUGUGGAAAAAGCUUUACUGAAAAAGGCACUCUUGAUAGACACAACAGAAUUCACACAGGUGAGAAGCCUUUCAGAUGUGAGUCCUGUGGAAAAAGGUUUUAUCGGGCAUCUGAGCUUAAUAAACACACCAGAAUUCACACAGGGGUGAAACCGUUCCAAUGUGCCGUCUGUGGAAAAGGUUUUGCUCAGACAUGUGAUCUUAAAACACACACCAGAACUCACACGGGUGAGAAGCCGUUUCCCUGUACUUUUUGUGACAAAAAUUUUAGUAGAAAAAAUAACUUGACUGCUCACAUCAGAAUUCACACAGGUGAGAAGCGUUUCACAUGUGAGUCCUGUGGAAAAAGCUUUUUUCGGACAUCUGAGCUUAAUAAACACACCAGAAUUCACACGGGUGAGAAGCCGUUCAAAUGUGACUUCUGUGGAAAAAGCUUUGCUCAUAGAUUUGAUCUUUGUAACCACACCAAAACUCACACGGGUGAGAAGCCAUUCUCCUGUACUCUUUGUGGCAAAAAUUUUAUUAAAAAAACUAGCUUGACUUAUCACAUGAGAAAUCACACAGGUGAGAAGCCUUUCAAAUGUGAGUACUGUGGAAAAAGCUUUACCUUAAAAAGCUCUCUUGAUAAACACAUCAGAAUUCACGCAGGUGAGAAGCUGUUCUCCUGUUCCCUUUGUGGCAAAAGUUUUUGUCAACAGGCUAGUUUGACUUUCCACCUUUCAACUCAUGUGCAAAACGUUUGCCAUCCAUGAAAUUGAUCUUAAAAAGAACAAUAUAUUGCUUUACAAGAGGUCAUAUCAGACGCCACAGAAAUGAACAGGAGAGACCUUUUCCAUGUUUUAUCCGUGAUAAAAUUUCCAUCUAGAAACUCCAUCUCAUUACAUGAGGAACUCACAGGUUAAAGGUAUUUUCUUUCUAUGUUUAGAGAAAACCUUUCAUUAAUGGUUGUAAUCUACUGUUUCCAUGGAAACUAGAACAGGUAAGAUGUAAUCAUGUAAACCUGGUACAUAUUUCAGCUAUAAGAUGACAAAGAACUCAGUUAACAGGCUGGACUCUAGUUCACUGCGAAACUGAAGCUAAAAAAAUAUUGAAACGGGUUUGAAAUUGUUUCUGUUAUUUGGUUCAAAGUUUAUAUUAUUACUGAUCAGUUUGAAUCUGCUGCAAUUUGGCAAAAAGCCCUUUGGAUUAAUAAUGUAUAACAGAUGUCUUACACUCCUGUAGAAGUCUAAUGCUUCAGAUUUUUUUUUUCCUUUGUUUUUUUAAUCAAGUUUUUAUUUUAUUUAUUUUAUAGCUAUUAUAAAAAACUUACAGCAAAAAUACAAUUCCCUUUACCCUAUGUGGGCCAUAGGGAUAAAAGUAAAAUGUUAAAAAUGAAAACUAAAGCUUGCCUAACAAAAAGUGCACAAAAGUUCACCAGUCGGACGAUUAGUUUAAAUAUCAGUAGAAAAAGAUUGAAAGUGUUUCUUUGCACUAGAAUGGAUCAUUUGGAAUGAGGUUC